UUAUCUUCUGACAGAAGUAAGUAAAUAAGCCAAAGUACUUGGUCUCCAUAUCACGUGUAGUAGACAAAAACCAUGGAACCUGCUAUUAUUGUCCACGGAGGCGCCUGGGCCAUUCCUGAGUUGGCCACGGAAAGAUCCUUAAGUGGAGUAAAAGCUGCGGCCAUCAAAGGAUUUAGUGUCAUUCAAAAUGGUGGCAGCGCAUUGGACGCUGUUGUGGCUGCAGUCUCCGUCAUGGAGGACGACACGAUAUUCGAUGCCGGGCACGGCGCCGUCCUAAACAUGAACGGUGAAGUAGAACUGGACGCUAUAAUCAUGGAUGGAAAGACAUUGAACUCGGGUGCCGUGGCUGCAGUUCAAGAUAUCGCUCAUCCUGUCCAACUGGCCAGACUUGUCAUGGAGAAGACCGAUCAUUGCCUGCUGGUUGGUCAGGGCGCUAACGGUUUCGCUAAAGAACAAAACAUUCCAAAGUUAGACAAAUAUGAACUAGUCACACCAGAAGCAAGAGAGGAAUGGGAGAGAUACAUGAAGUUUUCAACAACAGUUAAUGCUUUGUUCUCUACCAGAAACGAUGUCCCUAAAAGAACAGGCUGUGAUACAGUCGGAGCUGUGGCGCUGGAUAGUUACGGCAACCUGGCUAGCGCGACAUCUACCGGUGGAAUAACAGCAAAGCGUCCUGGUAGAGUGGGCGAUACACCAAUUAUAGGUGCAGGGGCUUAUGCAGAUGACUCAGUUGGUGCUGCCUCGUCCACUGGUCACGGAGAAUCCAUCAUGAAACUUUGCUUGACUAAAAAAGUAAUUGAGCUUUUAGAACAAGGUGCAAGUGCGAAGGAGGCUGCCCAGAAGUCCCUAGAGCUGAUGUCCACAAGACUGGGCAGUGCUGGAGGUUUGAUCGUGAUAGACAAGAAUGGAGACGUGGCGCAUCACUUCACUACCAACCGAAUGGCCUGGGCGCAAAUCAAGAAAGGAAACCUCAAAUACGGGAUCGAUCCUACAGUUGAAUUUACGGAAACUUUAUUUCAGGAAAAUUCACGAGAAAUUUAGACAACAAAACAUUAUCUACAGUAAUAAAAUGAAUAGGUUUUAUAAUAAAUGUAUUGCAUUGAAAUUAUACGUUUCUCAAUGUUCGUGCAUUAAAUUAAAAUAAUAACAGGCUAUCUUUAUGGUAGCACUAGACAUAUGUUGCCCGCGACCCGCGGGUCUUUAUUUGCGCAUUACUGUCGAUAUAGUCACUGAGAGUGUUUUGUAAACAAUUAAACGAAAUAAUAAUGUAAUAAGUAAAGCGAAUGUGUCAAUGUAAAAAUAGUGUGAAUGAAGCUAUGAAAUCAAAAUAGCUAUUAGGCUUCAAUCCAUUUUUUCAAAUUAAAACAUUUGCUUGUAGGCCUACAUAUAUUUGAUUAAAAUUUGAAAUGAAUAGACUUAAUUUUGUAUGUUCAUGUGUUAAAGUAUAAAGUAGAUCUUGAGGUAGACAUAGAUCUAAAUCUACAAAUCUAGAGUUAAAAAUUGGCUUUUAUAGAGUUCAUUCUGUGUUGCGCAUGCGUGACCUUUUUUCAUGAAUGAAUAUAGGCCUAUCUCAACACGGCUACGCAACUUUAGCGAACAGCGAACGAAUGUAUUAAAAAUACUUUAGAAAAACAAAUUUGAAUGUUAAAUUGAUUAAAAUAUCAAAUGAAUGGACAAUAAUUAGUAUGUUUAUGUGUUAAAGCACAAAACUAUCUUUGCGAAAAGAAGUUUUAUCAUCUUAGAAUUCAAUAAGAGUUUUAGACCUAGGCCUAGGAAUAGACUCAGUAGAGAGAUGUGUUAAUGUGUAACCAAUUGGUAUUGUCUAAUGAAAGAAUGUUCGCCAGGAAAUCUGUAGUCACAGAUAUCAGGAACUAAUUUAUGUAAAAAAUGCUUUUGAAACACAAAAUUGAAGGUUAAUUUUAUUAUAUAAUGAAAUCAAUGGAUCGUCUUUUGUAUUUUCAUGUGUCAAAGUAAAAAACUAUCUGCGCAAAGUGUACUUCUUAAAAUUAAAUCUAGGUCUAAAUCCUUUACUCAUGUCAACAUUGUUAACCAUGGCCUAGAUCCAUAAAUACUAUAGCUUUAAUAGAGUCGGACAACUUUAUUUUUUUUGAGGGUCUUAAGUUUGUUUUAGGGCUACAAUACAUACACUACGGUCUAAGUUAGUACCCAAGGAACAUUCCUGCCUAGUUUUAUCAAGAUUGGUCAAGCGGUUUUGAUGUCUAUAAGUAACAUACAUACAUACAUACACCUCACAUUAUACUUUACAGCAGCGAUGCCCAAACUACGGCCCGCGGGCCAGAUCCGGCCCGCGACGUGCUUCAAUCCGGCCCGCCAAAACAUUGGAACAAAAUGAUUAAAAAAAAUGAGAAAGUUUCGAUUAAUAUUUUCUUUAAGUUAGAAUUCUUACUCUUUAUUUGGUGAAUUCCAUCUUUAUGUUUGGUAUUCUAAUAUUCAUAUUCAAUAUUUUUUUUAUUGUAAGAACACAAGUGUUUUUUUUUUUGUAUGUAGAUAAGACUUGACAGCUAUUUUUUAAAUCUUGAAAAAUUCCGCUACUGUCUUGAGCUAGCCGUGUCCUUGACACCUUGUGUGUACAACACAGAGCAUCAUUGAAGCCUCGUUUUGGGUCGUGUUCUUUUAAUGUCAAAGCGAUUGGUACCGUAUUGUUUAACGUUUGUGAUUUAAUAAAAUGGGAAAAUCUAAGAAACGAAAAGUGGAUUCUGCAUGUAGAAAAGUGAACAGAUCUUUACUUUUUUGUGGAAUUCGAUAAUAAGCCAACAUUUUUCAUUUGUAAAGAAAGUGUGGCUGUUUUUAAAGAACAUAACAUUAAAAGGAAUUAUGAAACCAAAUACAUAAACACAAAUGGUGACAUUCUUGAUUUGAGCCAUGAAGACAAGAUUGCCAAGUUACGAAUAGAGAUCGUGGGAUUGACGAGAAUAUUUAACAAAAAGAGACAAGAAAAUGAGUCGGCGAUAAGGGCCAGCUACAGCUCACAUCCUAAAUAGAGCAAUGAAGCCUUUAUCCAAUGACGAAUGUGUAAAAAAAGUGCUUGCUAGCAGUGAUGGAAGAAAUGUCCUGAAAAGAAGAAUGCAUUAGAAGCUGUCAGCUUUUCUCGCAUGACACUACAAAAUUUCCGUUCACAUUAAAAGACAGAGCAGCAGAAUUCGAAAUGUUUUCUAUUGCUGCUGACGAGUCCACUGACAUAACCAAUACCGCGCAACUCUUGGUAUUUAUUCGCGGUACAAACAACAAUUUUGAUAUAAGAGUAGCUAGCAGCUAUGAGGAGCAUGCAUGGGACUACAACUGCAGAAGACAUGUUCAAAGAAGUGUCAGCCAUCAUAGAAGACCUUGCUCUUCCUUGGAAUAAAUUAGUUGGAGUGAUUACUGAUGGCGCUAGAAAUAUGCCUGGAUGUCACAGCGGACUGACAGCAAGAGUUAUUUUAAAAAGUUGAGUCGAAUGGAACUGAACCCUUGCGGCUUCACUGCAUCAUUCACCAACAAAAUCUCUGAGGAAAGGUUUUGAAUCUAGACCAUGUGAUGCUGAUUAUGUUCAGUACUGUACAUUCCAUCAAAUCACAAGCGUUGAAUCACAGAACUAUCAAAGAUUUUCUGACAGAAUUCUGAAUACGUUCUAUUUCACAAUGAAGUGCGGGCUGGUUAAGCCGAGGAAAGGUAUUAAAACGUUGUUUUUUUUUGAGACACAAAAUUGAAAUAUUUAGGAUGGAAAAAUCAAAACAAGUGCCACAACUGAACGACCCCUCGUGGUUGUGGGAUUCGGCUAUUUUAUGCGACAUCACAUCAAAUCUAAAUGAACUCAACACCAAACUACAAGGGAAUGCUUUCGCAUGUGUGUGCAGACAUGAGCGCUUUCCAAACAAAUUUGCAACUCUCCAUUCAACACUUCCAACCUGAACCACUCUACAAAAUGAUGAGCAGCUAAAUAAAGAAAAAAUUAUCCAACUUCUGAGGCUCUUGAUGAAUAAUUUCUGUGAAAGAUUUGUGGAUUUUCAUAAUUUAAAAAAUGAAAUCCGUCGUUUUCAAAAUCCGUUUGCUGCCGAUGUGUCAAGUGCUCCGACAGAUCUGCAACUGGAACUGAUUGACUUACAAAGCCAGACAUCCCUGCUUGUGUCAAGUGCUCCGACAGAUCUGCAACUGGAACUGAUUGACUUACAAAGCCAGACAUCCCUGCUUGUGUCAAGUGCUCCGACAGAUCUGCAACUGGAUCUGAUUGACUUACAAAGCCAGACAUCCCUGCUUGUGUCAAGUGCUCCGACAGAUCUACAACUGGAACUGAUUGACUUACAAAGCCAGACAUCCCUGCUUGACAAAUUUCAAGUGAUGCAGACUAUUGACUUCUACUGCCUGUUACCUAAGAAACUUUACAAAAUCUUCGGAAACAAGUGGGUGAUCACAAGUUUUUCAAGCACAUACUUGUGUGAAUAAACUUUUUCAGUGAUGAAAUAUGCGAAAUCCAUGUUACGUAAUCGACUCACGGAUGAACAUUUAGAUUCAGUGCUCUGACUUGGUGUUUCAUCUAUGAAGACAAAUAUUUAGAAGAUGGUUUUGGAUAAACUCCAUGCAUCACAUGAAUUUAUGUAAGUAGGUCCACAAAUAAAACUAAUAAAAAUAGCUUAUUGUAUUUUUUUUUCCUUUUUGGUGAUAUGGCCCGCGACACGAAUGCCAAAAAUUAAAAUGGCCCGCAGACCAAAUAAGGUUACUGCUUUACAGUAUAGAUAUAUGCCCGCGACUCCAAAGACAUUAAUAGAAGGCUGGCCAUGAUGUUUUGGGGCUCAAAGACGUUAUGAAUACAAAGUACUUUGUGUGAUACAAAAAAUAGUUAAAACGGUCAAGUGAAAAUGUGUUUUUUUUUCUUGUUAUUUAUUGCCAAAGAUAUAAGUAGUAAGCUGGUGUCGUAAAGUUACCUGUAAAAAAGCAUCACUAGGCUACAGGUGCAGUUGAUCAAUCAUAACACCAGAACACAUUUUAGCGAGAGCCUUUGGCCCAGAAAUAAAAAGAAAUAAUCGCGUAAACUUUGAUGAGUAACAGGCUUAUUUUGAACAGCUUCAAAUACAGGAAUCUAGGGUUUUAUCCUAAAAUGUGUCCUCUUGUGUUAUGUACAAAAUAGUUCACGUUUAAUGGUAAAGAAUUCAAUAAAUGUGUUUGUUUGACGAUGAAGAAUUCAAUAAAUGUGUUUGUUUGACGAUGAAGAAUUCAAUAAAUGUGUUUGUUUGACGAUGAAGAAUUCAAUAAAUGUGUUUAUGUUUGACGAUGAAGAAUUCAAUAAAUGUGUUUAUGUUUGACGAUGAAGAAUUCAAUAAAUGUGUUUAUGUUUGACGAUGAAGAAUUCAAUAAAUGUGUUUAUGUUUGACGAUGAAGAAUUCAAUAAAUGUGUUUAUGUUUGACGAUGAAGAAUUCAAUAAAUGUGUUUAUGUUUGACGAUGAAGAAUUCAAUAAAUGUGUUUAUGUUUGACGAUGAAGAAUUCAAUAAAUGUGUUUAUGUUUGACGAUGAAGAAUUCAAUAAUUGUGUUUAUGUUUGACGAUGAAGAGUUCAAUAAAUGUGUUUGUUUGACGAUGAAGAAUUCAAUAAAUGUGUUUAUGUUUGACGAUGAAGAAUUCAAUAAAUGUGUUUAUAUUUGACGAUGAAGAAUUCAAUAAAUGUGUUUGUUUGACGAUGAAGAAUUCAAUAAAUGUGUUUAUGUUUGACGAUGAAGAGUUCAAUAAAUGUGUUUAUGUUUGACGAUGAAGAGUUCAAUAAAUGUGUUUGUUUGACGAUGAAGAGUUCAAUAAAUGUGUUUGUUUGACGAUGAAGAGUUCAAUAAAUGGAUAAUAUGAGCUUAAAGUAAACAACAAGACGGCCAUUUUCGCGAAUUAGUCCUAUGUCUGCUGGAUGGAGGACACGAAUCUAAAUAGGUAGACAUGUCCUCCUUUUAGCCGACGUUUGGUAAUGGUAACCCUAGUCAUACUGCAUAGUUCAUACAUUUCUUCACUGUAUUUGCUACAGAUGUUUUGUUGGAGUUGCCUCUAUGUACAUUGGAUUCACCAAAAAGAUUGCUUUUAUGGAUUUGCCUCAGUGUAAGAAAAUCGCAGAUAGUCUGCUAUGUUAGAAAAAAAAGACAGUUCCAUCCAAAACAUCACCAUUACAAACACGGAGUAUCAGUUAAGCUUGUCUUUUUUUUUUUUUGGAGGGGUUGUGGGAUAUUAGUUUUAAUAAAAUACAAUUUCGUUUACAACUUUCUCUUGUAGAAAAUUAUAUAUUUUAAUGUAUAUAUUUUCUGCAAUGAUUAUCUUACGUGAACCAAAACACAAGUGUAGGCCUAAUUAUUCUACAGUUACAUGUAAAAGAUUUCACUAAGUUCACUAACUGAUGACAGUAGCUAGGUAUUUUCCCCCUGAAACCAAUCUUAUCUUUCUAGAAGUCUGCCAAACCUUCAGAGAGCAGUUAGUAUACAAGUGAAACAUGAUGCUAUCAACUCUCUGUCUGUUGGUUGUCUCAGUAGCAACCUUGGAGGCCGUUAUUGUAGUUCCUGUCCCUGUCCAACAAUAUAGCAAUGGUUGGUUCAAGGCAGAAAUAGAUAUAUGUUUCAAUGUCCAGCAGACGCUGACCAACUGGACUAUAGUACUGACUUCUGACCAGGCCGUUAGCUAUUUUUUCGCGCCGUCUGCUCAUGUCGCAGAAAUCAAGGAUGGCGGGAAAACGUUUGUUUUGCAGAACAAAUCUGGAUUGACCCAAAUAAGAGUUGGCGAUAAGUUAUCUGUUCCAGUGGAAGGUCACGCCAGCGGUAGCACUCAGCCAAAUUUAAGAGCAACCCUGGAAAACGUGCCUUCUAGCACCCAGCGUCCUUGUUCUUCUGGAUAGGAACAGUUCCACUCCACUGUUAUAGGAUUACAUUAAUUAAUGCUUUGUUUCAUUAACUAUAGAUGAAAGAUUUUAAAUAAAACAAUUAAAUGUCUCA